CCUUACAAUUCUAGUUUUGCAGAAUCCUGCUAUAGAAAAAAUGGAGCUGUUCGGUGUAUUUGUAAAGAAAACUAUGCUGGACCUAACUGUGAAAGAUGUGCUCCUGGUUAUUAUGGAAACCCCUUGCUUGUCGGAAACACCUGUAAGAAAUGUGACUGCAGUGGAAAUUCUGAUCCUAACCUGAUUUUUGAAGAUUGUGAUGAGAUCACUGGCCAGUGUAGGAAUUGCUUACGUAAUACCACUGGAUUCAAGUGUGAACGCUGUGCCCCAGGCUACUAUGGGGAUGCCAGGAUAGCCAAGAACUGUGCAGUGUGCAAUUGUGGAGGAGGCCCAUGUGACAGUGUAACCGGAAAAUGCUUGGAAAAAAGUUUUGAACCCCCUACAGGCACGGACUGCCCAACCAUAAGCUGUGAUAAGUGCAUCUGGGAUCUGACCGAUGACCUUCGCUUAGCCGCGCUCUCCAUUGAAGAAAGCAAAUCCGGUGUGUUGAGUGUGUCCUCCGGUGCCGCUGCCCAUAGACACGUGAAUGAAAUGAACUCCACCAUCUACCUCCUCAAAACAAAAUUGUCAGAAAGAGAAAACCAGUAUAUCCUAAGAAAGAUACAAAUCAACAACGCUGAGAAUACAAUGAAAAGCCUUCUGUCUGACCUGGACGAAUUAGCUGAAAGGGAAAGUCAAGCUUCAAGAAAGAGCCAACUGGCUGAAAAGGAAAGUAUGGAUACCAUUAACCACGCAACUCAGCUUGUAGAGCAAGCCCACGACAUGAGGGAUACAAUCCAAGAGAUCAACAACAAGAUGCUGUACUAUGGGGAGCAGCAAGAUCUUAGCUCUGAGGAAAUCUCCGAGAAGCUGGUGUUGGCCCAGAAGAUGCUGGAAGAGAUUAGAAGCCGUCAACCAUUCUUCACUCAACGGGAGCUCGUGGAUGAAGAGGCGGACGAAGCCCAUGAAUUGUUGAGCCAGGCUGAGAGUUGGCAGCGGCUGUACAAUGAUACCCGCUCUCUGUUUCCUGUGGUCCUGGAACAGCUGGAAGACUACAAUGCUAAGUUGUCAGACCUUCAAGAAUCACUUCACCAGGCCCUUGACCAUAUCAGGGAUGCAGAAGACAUGAAUAGAGCCACGGCAGCCAGGCAGCGGGACCACGAGAAACAACACAACAAAGUGAGAGAACACAUGGAUGGGGUGAAUGCCUCCCUGAGGACAUCUUCAGACUCUCUGGUAACACCUCGUCUGACCCUUGUAGAACUUGAUGAAAUAAUAAAGAAUGCAUCAGGGAUUUAUGCUGAAAUAGAUGGAGCCAAAAAUGAACUACAGGGAAAGCUAUCCAACUUAAGUAACCUCAGUUAUAGUUUAGUCCAAGAAGCUGUUGACCAUGCACAAAAUCUUCAACAAGAGGCCGAUGAACUAAACAGGAAUUUACACAGUUCAGAUGCAAACGGGCUGGUUCAGAAGGCUUUGGACGCUUCCAAUGUCUAUGAAAACAUCGCCAAUUACGUUAGUGAAGCCAACGAUACGGCAGAGUUGGCUUUGAACAUCACUGACCAAAUUUACGAUGCUGUGAGUGGGAUUGACACUCAAAUCAUUUACCAUAAAGAUGAAAGCGAGAACCUCCUCAAUCAAGCCAGACAACUGCAAACAAGGGCAGAUUCCAGCAAUGAUGCAGCUGUGGCUGACACCAGCAGGCGUGUGGGGGGAGCCGUAGCAAGAAAGAGUAACCUUAAAAGCAGAUUAAAUGAUGCCAUUAAGCAACUGCAAGCCACAGAAAGAGGUGACGCUCAGCAGCGCCUGAGUCAGUCCAAGCUGGUCACCGAGGAGGCAAACAGGACGACGAUGGGAGUCCAGCAGGCCACCGCCCCGAUGGCUGACAACCUCACCAACUGGUCACAGAGCCUUCAAAAGUUUGACUCUUUUGCUUACAACACUGCAGUGGACUCUGCCAGAGAUGCAGUAAGAAAUUUGACAGAGGUUGUCCCUCAGCUCCUGGAUCAGCUUCGCACAGUGGAGCAGAAGCAGCCUGCAAGCAACGUUUCCGCCAGCAUCCAGAGGAUCCGAGAGCUCAUUGCUCAGACCAGAAGUGUUGCCAGCAAGGUAAGCCAUGAAAAGACUCAUUAUUAUUGA